GAUAAUUAUUCGGUCGGGGCAGAAGGCUUAGCGGUUUCUUGCUCUGCCCGCCUCGCAGUUUUGUACUUUAUGCUUCUGACAGAACCACAAAAUGGAGGAGACGCUGGAGGAGAAAGUUCCUAUCCAAGUGAAAGUUUCUGACGAUGACCAAGGCGGCAUCAGGCGGCGGCUCCGGGAUCGAGAUCUGCUGAGGAAAAGGAAAGCUGAAGCCGAAGAGCGAGCAACUAACCAGUGGGUUUAUGGAGCUGAGAGCAGAAAGAGAGCGAGGAGGGAGCCGGUCAGCACUCAGAGGAAGAAAGGCAGGCCGAGGAAGAACGUAACAGUGGAGCAGGAACAUCCUGAACAUACGGAGAGCCAAGAAACAACCAAGCUAGAAACACCGACACCGCAGGAGGAGACCGUUACUGAUUCGGCUCCUGCACCAGCUCCCACACAGGAGGGUCCAGCUUCGGCCCCUACCGUCUCUCCUGCACCGUAUCUGGCUUCAGCUCCUGCUCCCAUUCCUUCAGCAGCUCCCACCCAGAUCUCUGCUCCAGUGUCUGCACAGGUUUCUCCACCAGUCUCAGUUACUGCCCAGAUCCCUGUCCAGGUUUCAGCCGCUGCGCCCACUCUUCCUCAGAUUCCAGCUAUGCUUCCUGCCCCGAUCGCCCUUCCUUCUUCUUAUGUGUCUCCAGAGGUGAAGCCCACUGGUGAGGUCCCUCAUGGAGUUCUGAUAGAGGAUCUCGGUCCUGAUGAAGAAGAAGACAAACUGCUGCCUCAGGAGGAACUCAUCAUCGAUCAAGAUGGUGUUGAGGAGGUGUCCGCCGGUGUAGCCGAAACGAUUAAAGGAUUCUCAGAUUCAGUGCUAGUGUCGCCUCAGCCGGACGUUCUGCCAGGAAACAUGAUCUAAAAAUCACGCCAACAAUUUCGACUGCGUUCAUCGUCUGGUUAAUUAGCCUCUUUCGAUUAGAAUUUUUUAUAUGAAAUAUAAGAACAAAAGCUCCGACACCAGAAGCUUUGGAAUGAAAAGGCCGUACUGGUGAUCUAACGAGUGUGUAUUUAUUCAUGUGUCAGUCCUGAUGCCUGAAGAUUUUGUUUUUGUUAAAUAAAUCAUUUUAAAUAAAAGGAAUUUGUACUUA